CAUUUUUAAUUCAUUGGUGGAGUUUCAAGGAAGGCGUGGAGAAAGCUUUAGACCUUUGAGUCCUGCUGCUACCCGUAGGAAGACAGGGAGGCACAUAGGAGCAAACCCAGGCUUUAGUGACGUCCAUGGACGGAGUGAGACCUCCUCAUUAUCUCUGCUGCUUAACGUGUGCUCCAGAUUAAUAGACGAUCUUUGGACCAGGGAGACGCACCGCAGCAAGAUGGCCGCCGCGGAUGGAGCCAGAGCCGCAGGUUUGGGAGCAGAGAGAGAAGAAGAAGAAGAAAACAAGCUCCAGAUGUUGAAAGGUGCAGCGUUCCUGACCACGGUGGCGUCUGCAGGGAUGAUCGCAGGCUUCGGCUCCACGUUGGCGUUGGCCAAGAAGAAGAGUCCGGAGUGGUUCAGUAAGGGCGUCACGGCGACGGCGUCGGUCCCGGAGGGCGGAGCCUCCCUGGCCCUCAGGGCUCUGGGCUGGGGGUCCCUGUUCGCCUGGUGUGGGGUCGGUCUGCUCAGCCUCUCGGUGUGGAAAGCCCUCGGAGUCCACAGUUUGCCAGAGUUCCGACAGAAGAUGCAGUCGCUGUUUCCGCCCAUCCCGAAGAGCUCUGAGGCUGCAGCUGGAUCUGAACAUCUGGACUGGGACUCUGUGUUUAAGUCCACGCGAUGAGACGAGAAACUCAGCGAGUUCCACAGACUGGACGAUUCUCGGGAAACUGAACCCGAUAUUUGGAUCUGGAUUCAGGACUGAUUCACUCAGAGAUCCUUGUUUAAGCAGCGACGUUAACAGAGCCACCUGUCAAUCAAAGAGGCCACACCCCCUUGACUCCAGAGACCUGAACUGUUCUUGUAUCAGGACGUAAACAUGUGGGUUUAACAUGGAGGUCUAUGGAGGACCGACUCUAGUGCAGCCUCUAGUGGACGAUACAGGAACUGAACAUAUUAUUUUAUUACUGGCUUCAUUAUUUGAGAUUAACUCAGAAUCUAACUGUAAAUACGUCGGUGUAAAAAAAACGUUCCUGAAAUAAAAAUGUUAUCCGUG